ACUUGACACCACACGGGUGUUGCAGUGUGGACUGUUUGCCUCUUCCCCACCAAGAACACCAUUUGGUUUCCCCCGGCUGGGUCUCUAUUUAGAUGAGCAGUGAUGACACCAAAUAUAAGCAGGAAAAGAAGUUUUAAAACUAAAACUACAGAUCCUAAACCCCAGCAAGGCAGGCAACGGCAACCCUCACUGCUGUAACAGAGAAAGAAAAAAAUUCCUACUUUUCUAUUUGCAUCUGGUUGGCAAGAACCUCUAAUUUUGUGGGAAGAAGUCUACAUCUAACUCUUGCCAGUAUCAUCACCAGCAGCACCCAACAGCUGACAGGAGCCAUCUUCUUAGAACUGACGGAUGAUGCAGGGAAACAAGAAGUGCACAGACGGGUUCAGUGACUCCUCAAGCAUUGGCAGCGUGUUGGACGAUGCAGAUAGGGAGGUGAGCAGCCUAACAGACAGGGCGUUCCGGAGCUUGUGCAUCUCAGAGGACACAUCCUUCCAUGACUCCGACCUGGCCUUGUCCCCGGAUAUUACUCGCCAGGUGUUUGGGACUUUGCACCAGGGAACAGUGAGCCACACGCAUAGGAAAAGUGGCAUUUGGAGUCAGUUGCCAUCGCAGGGCACAGAGCACUCAGGUUGGGCAGCCACCUUCCAACAACUACCCAAGUACGUUCAAGGAGAGGAAAAAUAUCCCAAAAGCAGUCCCCCACUGACGCCAGCCCAUGGGAGACUGGAGGUGCCGGUUUCUGGCCUGAGGAGCAGUCACAAGCCUAUCUCCAAAGUAUCAACACUAAUUAAAUCUUUUGACAGAACUGAGAACCAGCGUUGUGAGAUACGGCCUACUACCAGCAAGCCUCCAGCUCUGAAGAAUCCCCCCAAAUUUGCUCCUCUUCCAGAAAGCAGUGUCAACUUUUGCUUUGAUUCUGCCUUUCUGACAGUCAGAAGGGUGCCCGCUGAAGUUUCCAACAUCCAUCAGAACAGCCAUCAGCCCAGCAGGAAGCACGGAGAACAAGAGUCCCCCCAAAACCCUGAAAUGACCUGUCACAGCUCCAGCAGCUUCCUCCCAACACCUGAUGAAAUGGCCAACUCACUGGAGUCAAAGUUUCCCUCUCCACCCCAAAAACCAGUCACAGGUGAGCCCGGAAGAGGCAAGGAGUGGAUUCACAAAGGGACUUUUCUGCACAGUGAAAAUAGUGCCUUUGAGUCAUGGAACGCCCACCAACCAAAGGUGCUUGAGAGAAAGGAUGCUGCUGAAACUGUCCCAGAAAGCAAAGCUCCCAGACACUAUGAGGACAUGCCCUUGUUAAGAGAACCUCACCCUCCUGAGUGCAAAGCCUCCCCCUGCCAAGUCCAGGCCAGCUGCAGUCAGGAAGACACCAGACUGCCUGCAGGGGCUCUGUCCACACCUGGACCCAGGGGGUGCAGAGAUCCAGAAGCCCAGGUAUUUACAAUGGAGAGAAAAGUUAGCUCACAGCCUGACCCUCAGGUGAAGACGACCCAGCCCCCAUGGAGGAAACCCAAGACUGGCAAAAAGGGAAAAGAGAGUCUACCAGAUGCUUCGGAAGAACAGAAACAGGCCAGCAAGAGAGUGCCACCUGUGUACACAAAGCACAACCCUCAGGGGCAAUUUCCAGAAAAUUAUCCUCUUGACAUGCCUCUGGACCCCAAUGAGCAUUACAACCCUCCUUUUAACAUCAGUAAGCUCCUGACCCCCGUCAUACCCACCAAGCAUGCCCUGGACUUGUCAGAGAGUCAACCAGUGGAGAGAACCCCAUCACCCCCAGCACAGCUAAAUGGAUACCAAGAGAAGGAGCCCAGUGAAUGUCAGUCGCGAGACAGCUACAAGUCCAAGGCCCCUAGCCUGCUGUUCAACCUCAAAGAUGUGCGGAAGCGUGUGAAAAGCACGUACUGUCCCUCGCCUCUCUUGAAAGGCAGUGAUGACAAAACCAGAGGGAAGAUUGAUGGAAAGCAAGAACACAUGAGCAAUGGUGUCAUCCUUCCCAAUGGGCUUGAGGAAAGCCCUCCAAAUGAGCCUUGUAAGGAGAAACCUGCAGGUGGCCCUAGUGCAUCACGCCUCAAUGCCCAGAAGGAUCCUGCAGCUGACCCCAGUGAGUGCUCCACAGACAGCUAUCUCACCCCUAGGGCACUUCCCACGAUCGAAGAGGCCCCCUUUUAUAUCAAUAGCAAAGCUGCCGAAAGGAGCAUUCAUGAGAAGAAUGACGCCGAAAGAGAAUCAGAGAUGGGUCCCACCAGGUCUGGCUGGUGUCCAGACUCCAGGGAACGCCUCCCCAGGAAGCACCUCUCCCUGAAGCUUUGCAAUAAAGAGUCCGAGCCUGGAGAACCUGCAGAGAAGACAGAAACCCACCAGCUAGAGAAUGGGCUCUCCAGAUCCAUCUCCCAGGAGACAGAACCAGAGAGAGACGGAGGACUCCAGAUCCCACAUUUGAACCAGAAGUUCUCCCCAGGGCCCCUCUCUCCUGAGGAGGAAGAUGUGUUUUACAGUGACACCCAGUCCGACUUUAUGCCAGGUCUCAAAAGCAAGGCCAAAUUCAGCACCAGCUCUUCAGAUCAAUCCUUCGCCUCAUUUGAUGAUCAGCAGAAGACAUGGUUUACUGAGAGCCAGAGGGAAGACAAAAGGAAUGAUGGGAAUGCAGACGGCAGUCAGAAGGAUGAGAAGGAGAACGUGAUGGGAAAAGAUGAGCAGUUCUAUGCCUUAAGUAAUGGACAUGAGUUUGGGGAAGGGUACGGCAAGAGGGGCACGUUGCAAAGAGAAGGGGAAAGUUUGUCUGGAGGAAGACCCAGGAAGGCAUCAACAGAGGAUGCUAAUUUCAGAGGCUCUUGGAUUGGGGGAAAUAAGGGCACAACCUUUACACAGGCCAAAGAUCUUACCCCCUCGCCAUCUUCUACUACAAACAAGCACAUACUGUUCACGAUUAAAGACAACACCCUCAGAACCACCCCUGUAAUAAAACCUAUCAUGUUGCCUCUCCUGAGGACCAUGUCUUCUGAGGACUCACUCAGCAGUGGCCACAAAGAGGAGGAAUCUCCAUGGCCAGGAUGGGGUGAGGAUGCGGGUUUUUCUGAAAGCCAGGAAAUGCCCAGCACACCAAUACCCAUUAGCACACAGGGCACACAGAUGAAGGGCAUGGCCUGUGAGGUCACAGAAGACCCUGGGCAGGUGUCCAGCAUGGCCAGAAUGGAGACCUCUCAGCCAGUCCCUAAGGGGAAUUUUCCAUUUCUGCCUCUGGUGGAAGAGGGGGAUGAGAUGAAGCCACCUCCAGAGGCAGCACAUAACGUUGUGGCAAGCGAGGGCGAGAGCAGUUCUACAGCCCUGGGGAAGCUGGGUGCCUCGCGACAACACAUCCCCACUAUCGCUCUACCUGAGGGUGACAGAGAAGACCAGUUGCCCCUGCGGCAGCCAGAAACCUGCUGGGAAGAGCAGGCGCAAGGUUUUAAGAGUCACCUUUUGUCUACACCCAGAUCAGGGCCCCCGGGGAAAAGAUUGGUCCCUGGUGAGAUGACGACUUCUCCCAACCCCAGCUCCCUGGGGGAGAGAAGUGCCUACUCCCCUGCCACCAGCAGCAUUUGGGAUGAUGCUUCCCAGGCCCCUGGAGAACAGGAGCUGCUGCCUGAGGAGCCUUCUCAAGCCAGUCUCUGGGCCAGCCCUGGUCCUACCAGGAUCACCCGGAGAGAGGACCUGACCCAUGCCCUCAUGUGGGAGGCCGGCUCUGACCCUCAACUUGAGCCAUUGGCAGAAGACCUCCGGACACUCUCUCCAAGAGGCUUGUCGCUGGAUGUGGCCCCUGGCUUGGUAGCUGGAAAACCAGAGCAUCCUGCUCAGCUGGAGAGGGCAUCUGGCAAGCCACCUGCAGUCCCACCCAAGACAGAGAAGGCCCUGCGACGGGCAAAGAAACUGGCCAGCAAGAGGAGAAAGAAUGACCUGGUGCAAGAGAAGCAUGGCGAAUCCUGGGAGGAAAAGCCCUGCCUGGAGGACUUGGAGCGGACAGAGCAAAGGCCACUGUCCCCCCGACAGAAGCCCCGACACAGUUUCCCUUUAGUCCGUUCCCUACCCCCUCCCAUGCACCGCCACUCCGUGUCUGGCUUCCCAGAGCCUAUCGGGAGGUGGCCUGGAGGGCCUCAGUCCCUUAUGCCCCUGCCUCCUUACCCUGCCACCCAAAAGAUUCUCCAGGAUCCCCAGUCUGGAGAGUACUUUGUCUUCGACUUGCCACUCCAGGUGAAAAUCAAGACCUUCUAUGAUCCCGAGACGGGCAAGUAUGUCAAGGUCUCCAUCCCAUCCUCCAAGGGGGUCUCUCCUGAGCUGCCCCCGCCAGAUACCCUGGCUGCUCCCUACAUGCUGUACCCCGGCUUCCGGCCCAUGCCUGUGACGGCCUUGAUGCCGCUGCGCUGCUCCUCUCAACUCUCUGCCCCCACCUUCCUCAGGCAGGGCUCUCGCACCUCAUCAACCCGUGCCAGGCCCCAGAGUGCCCACGAGGCUGGACUGCAGCCAGCCUCUGGGCCUCAGGGUGACUCCAACCAGCACUCUACGUGUCAGCACCCCCAAGGGCCUCCUCAGGACCCAGGAGAGGAGGGAACAGAAGUGACAGGCCUGGGCAUCAUCUCCACUGAAGACCUAGAGGACUUCGCCACUGAAGGCAUUUCUUGA